AUGGCUCUCCAGGAAGCAGAAAUAUUCGAAGACCAACACCCCCUGCUUCGAAGCUGUCCUGCCUUAAACGAAAUUCGUCUUGCCCAAGACAUGAAAGACUUGACCAUAGAGGUAACUUCCCUUAGUUACGGCGGACAUUUGUGCGUGUUAGGUCAAGAACGGCGAUGUUCUUCAUGUCCAUCGAAUAGUGCUGGCAGCUCGCAUCCCUUCCCUGCGAGCGUCUCUCAGUGGCCCCCUCGGGGAGGAGAAUUCGGUCUUAAGAUGGCCGACAGCGCCGCUCAGGUUGGUUCUUUAGGUUUUGCAUACAACUUUUAUAGUCUCGCAAAUGCGCUCGUCCAGUAUGUGUACACUGGCCGGGUGGAGAUGACAGAGAACAACGUGAGGGGCCUGAUUGCGCUUGCAAGAAUGUUGGAACUCCCCGCCCUGGUGAAUUGGGGAGCGAUAUUCAUGGCCAAGAGGUACGCAAUUUGCCGACUAUUCCUCUCUAACUGACUGCUCUAAAGAGUAAAUUUAGAAAAUUUGCCAGCCACGUGGGACUUUGCCAAGUCUAUGAAUCUCAAAUUACUGGCUGAUACGUGCAUUGGGCUGAUGAAGGAGCAUUUUGAGGAAUUCGUACCAACUGAACUCUUUGUUCGCUUGCCGGCUGAAACUGUCCUCAGCCUGCUUCGAAGCGAUCACCUGCCCGUGGGAUCUGAGGAGGAGGUUGUUGCGGCGAUUGCUCGCUGGACGGGCGCUGGUGCCUGUGGCCAGGCCGACGAUGAAAAGCUGAAAGUAAACGCGCCGGCGAUGUUGAAAGAAGUUCAGUGGCACCUAACCGACGUGGAAUGCCGCGAUCGCCUGAUGGAGAAAUAUCCAACAAUCUGGGAAAGUCCCGAAUGCGCGUAAGUGUAUUCUGUUCACCCAAAAUUGUGGAAAAGUAACUAAUGUCCGUAAGUAUAUGCCAUUUCAAUCCUGUAACUUUUUGUUCAUACAAGUCGGCUUCUGGCUCGGAUUGAACGGUGGAUUGGAGCUGCAGACAAGGACAAGCUGGCCCGCCCUUUCAACUUAAGGCCUCGUCUGCGCCCGACGAUCUUCCUCUUUGGAAAGGACAAAGGUGGGCAGGGCAGUUGGUCUGUCCGUCGCACCGAUCAGCGCCUGCAGCAGGUAGAUCGCGUUGCUGACAUGAAGACGCGCCGCUGGUACGCCUCCUACAGCGUCGUGGGCGGUGAGUUGUCGGAGAGUUCUGCGUCUCCUCUUCGGCGCAUUUUGUCUGCUUUUGAUGUUUUUGCUUGUUGAAGUCAAGCGCCUCUGUGUGCGACAGCAUUUAGUGUUUUGUAGGAAGUAAAUUAAGCAAAUAAAUCAGGCUCUUGGGGAUUUUUUGUAAGUUACGGACUUUUUUUGUUUUUCCGAAAGAGAGCAUUUUCGUUGUUGGAGGAGCAUGGAACAACACAGCGCUAGUUGAUGUUGACGAGUUUCUGGUGAGAGAAGGACGCUGGCGCAAACGGGCGCCCCUCGCUGUUCGACGCCAGCAGCACGCCGCCGCCGUCGUGAAGGUUCACGCCGUCGACGGAGGGGAGACAGUGAUUGGCAUUUUUGGUGGCUGCUUCAAGGAAGGGGACAGUUGGACAUACCUCGCCUCCUGUGAAGUCUACGACGUCAGGCAGGACAGGUGAGAAGGCGCUGGUUGUGGUGCAUCUUUUUUGCUAAAAAAAAUAUUUCUCUCCUUCUACUCACUUCCUACCCCGCCUGGCCUGAACAGAUGGCAUAAAUUGCCUGAUCUGCCGGAGAAGAGGUUCGGUCCAUCUGCUGCCUGCCUGCCUGGCGACAGUCGGAUUUUUGUUUUUGGCGGCUCGGAUGGCUCCUCUGAGUUUGCUUCCGUUGUCUUCUGCAAUCUGCGCGCAGACUGGCGGGAGGAGACAGUUUCAGCGCGCACCGCCGACUUUUGGCAGCCAGCUGCCGCCAUGAGAACUGCACGAGUCGGGCUCGCAGCGACACCCUUUCGGGGAGCAAUUCUGGUCGUCGGUGGAUGGAAGAGUGGAAAGGCUCUCAACGUGGUGGAGAUGUUCUCACUGCCAGACGCCGGGAACCCGCUCGGUCAGUGGACAAAGCUGGCCAAGAUGAAACAGCCUCGCCGGUACUUCACUCUUCUCACCUCCGCUAAUGCCGUCUUUGCUCUUGGUAAGGCAACACACUAUAAAAUGAAUUCUUUCUUUCUCUCUCAUGCCAUUCAUUUGCCUCAUCCGCGUAGCCAAUUUACAAGGCACAAGAGCGUUAAAUCAGCUAACAUUACCUUAAAGGAUUUUCAUGCGCAGUGCACCAUUACAGCCAGAAGUUGUCGCCUCGCUGUUCAUACUACCUUACCCCCUUUGUUAAAUAUCUUUUCUCUCCUGUUUUCUUUUUCCUCAAAUGAAACUUCAUUAUAAAUAUGCAAAAAUUUGUAGGCAACCUGGACGAACCGAAAAACACGGUAGAGACUCUCACGGCACCAGGCGGUUCAGCCGACUUUGAAAAUGACUUGACAUCUUGGGUCUGGUCGUCCAAGAGCCCGGUGGAGACACUUGACCGGAUUGACGGCGCAGCAAGCGUCCGCAUGUAA